CGAGGCUGUCGACCAAGAUUUAAUUUUGGCGCGAUUUUAAUCGAAAUGCCACGAUACGAUACGAGACGUGCAGGCGCAUGCGUGCUGGACUGCUGGUGUGAACGCGUGUGCGCGUAAUGGCGGACGGCAGCAAAAAGUUGUUUGGCGGUUUGUCGGCAUAUCUAUCGACUUUUGGAGGGAGAGAUUUUACUGGACAUACAAACCGCAUUUUAAAUUUUUUGUUCAUUUAUUCUCUUGCAACUAAUUGGAAUUUUUGUGGCAAACGAGGUGAGAAAAAGGCUUUUAAAAACUUAAACGUAAAGGAUGUGAUUAUUGGUGCUGUAAGAAAAAGCUCCCCUCUAGUCAGUCAGAAAGAAAUAGAAGAUACCAUCAAGGUGUGGUUGAAACAUGCACCAGAGAAAUUGAAAAAGCAGCAGCAUGGCAACCCGUAAGAAAAAAAGUGUUGUUAGUCAAAGACAACUCUACAGAAGGAUGGCAGAAGCAAAUUUAGCACCUGUGAGUCAGAAUUGUUAUAAUACAUCUUUAAUAGUUAAUAAUGAUUCCAAUGAAUCAUCAAAUUCCGUUUUUUUUUGCUGGUUCAAUGUGUGAAAGUGAAAAUGACACCUGUUCCUCAAGAGAUUUAGAUUUUAAUGUAAACUCGCCUAAUGAAAAUUUGCUCUUCAAUGAUGCGACGUUAUACAACCAUUUGACUUCCUAUUCCAGUAACGUGCCCCCUAACGAUUUAUUUUCUAAUGAACCGCCGCCUAGCGAUUUGCAUUCGAAAUUGUCAAACUGGGCAGCUUCAAGGUACGUUCGACGUACAGUAGUUACUCAUCUCUUGCAUUAUCUCCACCAUUUAAAAUCGUUAGUUCAGUCUCCGAAUAAACCGUUACAACAGAUUAAUAGACGCUUAAAAGAAAUUGAAAUGACAGUGUACGAAAAACAUGACUCUACUUCACCUGAUGAUGAACACUUCUGUAAAUGUGAAUUGUCCCAUUUCUUAGGACCAACGCCAAAUUUCUCUUGCAAGCAGUAUAAAAAGCUUCAUUAUAAAGAUUUUAUUUUUUCUAUUGCAUCAUAUUCAGAAGCAAAUUGUUUUUGUCUUACCUUAGAAGGACUGGUUUUCAAAAUAGAAAAUGUAGUGGAUAAUAAUGGAGCAGUUUUUAUAUUAGGUAGGAGGUUUCAGGAUUACCGUUCAUUUUACAAAUACCCUGUCGACUCAAAAGAAUUUAUCCAAAAUUUAUCAGAGUAUAUCGAGUUAUUGCACUGCCACAAAGUUUUUUCGAAAUGUAUUGUUUUUCCUUUCAAGCAGGAAUGGUUGUCAUUUUCAUUAUUGCAUCAUUAGUAAUUCCUUAUUUCAACUUUUAUGUUCUAUAAGUGUAAUAGUAUGUAGUUUUUUAAGAUUUUGUAAUAAACGUAUUAAUUUGAA